AUGGAGAAAUUGCAAGAAAUUGCAGUGUCCUUGGCUGUUGAUUAUUUGCUUCCACCCUUAAAGAAAGCAGUGAAUUCAGUCAUGGAGGUUCCAAAAGAUGCUGCAGACAUGAAAGACAAACUUGAUGGGAUUCAAGCCAUGAUUCAUGAUGUGGACAAGAUGGCAGCAACUGAAGAAGGCAACUCACGUGAUGGUCUCAAAGCAAAGGUGAAGCUGCUGGUGGAAACAUCUUUUUGCAUGGAAGAUAUCGUUGAUGAAUACAUUAUCCAUGAGGAAAGGCAGCUUGGUGAUGAUCCUGGAUGUGCAUCUUUACCUUGUAAGGCUAUUGAUUUCGUCAAAACUAGGGCCUCUCGUCUUCAAUUUGCAUACAUGAACCAGGACGUGAAAUCAGAAUUUCGAGGGAUCAAGGAGAGGAACAAGAGUGAGGAUUGCUCCCAAAUUCAAUCUUCUAGAGGAAACCAAAACAUCACGUUUGACAACCUUCGAAUGGCUCCUCUGUUUCUUAAGGAGGCUGAGGUUGUGGGCUUUGACAGCCCUAGAGAUACAUUGGAAAGAUGGUUGAUAGAGGGGCGGGAAAAGCUCACUGUUGUCUCUGUGGUAGGAAUGGGAGGACUUGGAAAAACUACUCUUGCAAAGAAAGUUUUUGAUAAAGUCCAGACACACUUCACUCGCCAUGUCUGGAUCACAGUGUCUCAGUCAUACACCAUAGAAGGAUUGUUGCUUAAGUUUCUAGAAGCAAAAAAAAGAAAGGAUCCUUCUCAGAGUGUUUAUUCUACAAUGGAUAAAGCAUCGUUGAUAAGUGAGGUGAGAAAUCACUUGAGCCGCAAUAGGUAUGUUGUCGUGUUUGAUGACGUGUGGAAUGAAAAUUUUUGGGAGGAAAUGAAAUUUGCUUUAGUUGAUGUUGAAAAUGGAAGUAGGAUAAUAAUCACAACCAGGUACCGUGAGGUUGCAGAGUCUUGUAGGACAUCUUCUCUUGUUCAAGUGCAUGAGUUGCAACCUUUAAGUGAUGACAAAUCUUUCGAAUUGUUUUGUAAAACGGCAUUUGGAUCUGAAUUAGAUGGGCAUUGUCCAAACAAUCUUAAGGACAUAUCAACUGAAAUUGUUAGAAAGUGUGAAGGUUUACCACUAGCUAUUGUGGCCACUGGUGGCCUUUUAUCUCGCAAAAGUAGAGAUGCACGUGAAUGGCAAAGAUUUAGUGAGAAUCUAAGUUCAGAAUUAGGAAAGCAUCCCAAAUUAAUUCCCGUGACAAAGAUUUUGGGUUUAAGUUAUUAUGAUUUGCCUUACCAUCUCAAACCAUGCUUCUUGUAUUUCGGAAUAUAUCCGGAAGAUUAUGAAGUUGAGUGUGGGAGAUUGAUUCUACAAUGGGUAGCUGAGGGGUUUGUCAAAUCUGAUGAAGCGGCACAAACUUUAGAAGAAGUGGCAGAAAAAUAUUUGAAUGAGUUGAUCCAAAGAAGUUUGGUUCAAGUAUCUUCAUUUACAAAGUGUGGCAAAAUUAAAAGUUGUCGUGUUCAUGAUGUAGUACGUGAAAUGAUCCGCGAGAAGAAUCAAGAUUUAAGCUUUUGCCAUUCUGCUAGUGAGCGAGGGAACUUGUCCAAAAGUGGGAUGAUUCGUCACCUAACAAUAGCAUCUGGUUCCAACAAUGUGACGGGAAGUGUCGAAAGCUCGAACAUUCGAUCACUUCAUGUUUUCGGUGAUCAAGAAUUGUCAGAAUCCUUGGUGAAGAGUAUGCCUACAAAGUACAGGUUAUUAAGGGUACUUCAAUUGGAAGGUGCUCCAAUGUUUGAUUAUGUUCGGCGCAUUGAAAGUUUGGGGGACUUAUCAUUUUUGAGGCACUUAAGCUUCAGAAGUUUAAACAUAGUCCAUCUUCAAAAAUUAAUUGGUGAGCUGCACAACCUAGAAACAUUGGAUCUAAGACAAACUUGUGUGCGUAAGAUGCCAAGAGAGAUCUACAAGCUUAAAAAGUUAAGACACCUUCUGAAUGAUGGAUAUGGCGGGUUUCAAAUGGAUAGUGGCAUUGGAGAUCUAACAUCCCUACAAACACUACGUGAAGUGGACAUAAGCCAUAAUACAGAAGAAGUAGUAAAAGGGUUGGAAAAACUUACACAAUUAAGGGUGUUGGGCUUGACAGAAGUUGAGCCAAGAUUCAAAAGUUUUCUGUGCUCCUUGAUAAACAAGAUGCAACUCCUGGAGAAGUUAUCCAUUACUGCAACUGCAAGUUAUGGUAUGGACAUGGAUUUGCAUUUUGAUGUAUUUGCACCUGUACUUCAGAAGGUUCGUCUUGUGGGGAUGUUAAAUGAGUUCCCAAACUGGGUUGCCAAGCUCCAAAAUCUUGUUACGUUGUACUUGUCAUGCACCCAGUUGACACAUGAUCCGUUGCCACUGCUUAAAGAUCUACCAAUUUUGACGCACCUUAGUAUCAAUUUUGAAAACUAUGGUGAAGUUUUGCAGUUUCCAAACAGGGGGUUUCCGAACCUAAAGCAAAUACUACUGGAAGAGUUGAUUAGAUUGAAAUCCAUCGUUAUUGAAGAUGGAGCAUUGCCUUCUCUCGAAAAGCUCAAGUUAGUCCGUAUUUUAGAACUGACAGAGGUGCCUCGUGGUAUUGACAAGUUACCAAAGCUUAAGGUGUUGUUUCUUACGUACAAGGUCAUGCAUGGCGCCACCACCACUGGCGCCUUCGAUAGGGACGAGCCACGUGGCUGUGGAAGCGCCAUUCCCACUAGCGCGUCCCCUUUUGUUGAGGUGGCUUUGGAAGCGCCAGCACUAGUGGCGAUUUGGUGA